ACUUCAAACUAGCCCUAUAGCUCUUUGUGGUAAUUUGGAUACUAAACCUUUAUAUGUCGGACAAAACAAUAUUUCCAUAGAAUCAAAAUCUAGUGAAAUAGUCAAUCCUGAAACAUUUAAUCUUCAAGCAUUAGUUGUAAUCAAUGAAAAAUUUGUAGAUCAAUCCAAAAUUGACCCAACAGUUGUUCGUUUUUUGAAUUCUGACCCUUCAUGCUCAGAACAGUCUGAGCAUAUAAAUAUUUUAUUAGAACCAAAUUCUACUGAUAUACCUGGAUUGGAUCCAUCAUUGUGGUGUAUAAAUGAUCAAACGAGGCAAUAUAUCUGUAAAAAUGGAUUUAGUCAAAAUCUAGAUGUUAAAUUUACAGCUUCAAAAAGAUUGUACAGUGUUGUUCAGAAAGGGCAUUUCCGCAACUAUUUUAGAUAUCUGAAUAUAGAUUUUUUCAAAACUGUUUUAAUCAAUGGUGAAACAUGUCAAAGAGAUUAUUUAUCUUAUUCUGAGAGUACUGGAUCAAUUUAUUGUGUUCCAUGUCUCUUAUUUGAGAAUAAAACUAAUUUUUCAAAAACAGGAUUUUCAGAUUGAAAACACCCUAAAAAAAUUUCUUAUCAUGAAAAUUCACCUGAACACAAACUAUGUUCCUAUAAAAUGAAAGAACUUGCAUCAGAUUUAAGUAAAAUAAAUACAAAACUAAUGCAUCAAAUAGAAACCGAAAAAAAAUAUUGGAUUAGUGUACUGACCAGAGUUUGUUCGGUUGUUAAAAGUUUGGCAAGCCAUGGAUUAUCAUUUAGAGGUGAUGUAGAAAAAUUUGGAUCAUCUACUUCAAACACUGGCAAUUUUAUUAUGAUGAUGGAAUUACUUGCAGAGUACGACCCACUUUUAUCAGAACACGUAUCUAAGUAUGGUAACCCUGGCAAAGGUAAUACUUCCUACUUAUCAUUUUCUACUUAUGAACAGUUUAUUAAAAUCAUGUCUGAAAAAGUCAUUAAUACCAUAGUUGAUGAAAUUAAAUCAUCGAAAUAUUUUUCUAUCAGCAUAGAUUCCACUCCAGAUAUAUCACACACUGACCAACUGUCUUUCGUUAUUAGGUAUGUGCUAUCGAACGGUGAGCCAAUUGAAAGAUUUAUUGGUUUUUUAGAAAAUGUUGGACAUAAAUCAGAAAAUCUAGCAGAAUCAGUUUUAUCAGUUUUAAAAAAAUAUAAUUUAGAUGUUUGUUAUUUGAGAGGUCAAUCUUAUGACAAUGCUAAACAUGUCUGGUAUUUAUUCAGGAGUUCAAGCAAGAAUAAAGCAAGUUUCGCUAUUAGCUGAUUUUGUACCAUGUUCGGCGCAUUCUUUGAACUUAGUUGGAUCGUGUGCUGCAAAUUGCUGUAAAGAAGCAAAUGAUUUUUUUCUUUUUAUUCAAAAUAUAUUUGUAUUUUUUUCUUCAUCCACACAUCGAUGGCAUAAAUUAAGUCAAUAUUCUAUCUCAACUGUAAAAAGUUUAUCCACCACGCGAUGGUCAGCAAGAGAAGACGCUUGCCACAGUUUAAAAAAAAACUGGAGUUCUAUAAAACAAGUAUUAGAAGAACUAAUAAAUGAUGAUUAUGAAAAACCAUUUGUACGGUCUGAAGCCAGAGGUUUAAUUAGACAAAUGAAUAAAUUAGAAACAGCAUACAUGACUGUAUUUUGGAGUGAUAUUUUACAUACAUUUAACAAAACUAGUCUUCUAUUACAAUCUGUUGAUAUUGAUAUAAGCACUGUAGUUAGUUUGUAUAAUUCGUUAAUUGAAUAUGUUCAAACUUUACGAUCAAUGUUUAAUGAUUAUGAAAAGUUGGCAAAAACUAUGUUUGACAAUGAUGACUUAAUUCCUGACUAUGAACACAAAAAUAGAAAACGUAAGAAACGUAAUGAUGAAUCUAUUGAACCAGAUGCUAUUUUCAACGGACGCGAAAAUUUCAAAAUUAAUACCAUUUACAUUAUUAGUGAUAAUUUAAUAGAAGAACUAAAAAAAAGAAAAAUUUCUUAUGAUGAUAUAAUACCUAAAUACUUAUUUUUCUUAAAUAUUAGUGAACAAAAAACCUCAGAAGUUCGUGAUGGUGCAAAAAAAUUAAGAAAAAUAUACAAAAAUGAUUUGGAUGAAACAUUUGAAAACGAGUGUGUUCAUUUUCAGAGCUUGCUUAAAACAAUUAAAAACCCAACAAAUAUCAUUAAUAUGUGUAAAUUUAUUAAAGAAAAAAACAUAGAAGCUAUUUUUCCUUAUGUUUAUGUAGCUCUCCGAAUGUUUCUAUGUACUCCUGCUUCUAACUGUUCAACGGAAAGAUCAUUUUCCACUCUACGAAGAAUUAAAUCAUAUUUAAGAUCAACCAUGUCAUCUGAAAGAUUAAAUAGUUUAGCCAUAUUAAACAUAGAGUCAUCUAUAACCAAAAUGAUUGAUUACAAUGAUAUUAUUAAAUCAUUUGCAUCAAAACAAUCUCGCAGAAAAGUUUAA